AUGUCGGCCUCGUCAUCCAACCACUCGAAAACGAGUUUGAAAACAACACAAUCAUCAUCCAUGCGAAUUAUUCAACCAUCAUCAUCAUCAUCAUCAUCACAUGAAGAUCAUCAAGAGAACAAAUCAGUUUCCUCUUCCGCACCUUUAAUGUCAUCUUCACCCAAUAAUUCCAUCAAUUCAAUUGUUGUUACUUAUAAACCAGUUAUGUGUGGAGGACCAUAUGAAAUGUUGGUCAAUAUCGUACUGGAUAGAUUGAAAACAUUUUCAAUUGACUUGGAGAAGAUAAUGUUAUUGGGAGGAUAUGAUUUGAAGAGUUGUAGUACCAACAAUACAACAACAACAUCUAAUGAGUUUUUAAAGAGAGAAUUGAAUUUGUCAUCUUUGGAGUUUCUAAUAAGAAUUGCCGAAUUUAACAAGAUGAAAGAUCCACUGACAAGGUUUCAACAAUCACAAAUGAUUAUUGAUGCCUUCUUUAGAGAAGAAAGUGACUCACAGAUUAAUUUGAAUAAUAAUAUUAGAGAGAUUGUCAUUGCCAAGUUUUACAAUUAUGCAUCGGAGGAAUUUGUAGAUCCAAAUCUAUUCGAUAAUGCUAAAGUAGAUGUUUCAAUUCAAUUGAAAUCUGACAACUUUUUGAGAUUUACACAGAGUAAACAGUUUACAGAUCAUAUUAUUAGUGUAGUUACUGAAUGUUUGGAAUCAGCUAAGGAUUUGGAAGGUUUUUAUCAUUAUUUGGAUAUUUACUUGUCAAUGAUUGGAGAAAAGAAGAAUGCAAGAAUGCAAGAUUCGUCAGCUAGGAAUUUCAUUGUUGAUGAGGAAAAUCAACCAAGUUCACCUCCACUUGCCACCACAAGUGAUACAUCAAGUCAGAAUUCAGAUUCUGCCUCAGCAACAUCUAGUGAUGUGAAGAGUUCUUCAUCAGGCUCAGCUAUUGUCGAGAGAUUUGCUCGUGCACUGCUGUUUGCAGAUACAACACGAAAGAUUGUAAAGGAGGAAGAUUUUGAAAUGUUGAAAGUAAUCAUUCAAUCUAAUGAUGAAAAUUUGUGGAAAUGCAUCACCUCUUCAAAGGAUAAGGACUCUACUUGUUUUGCUUCUUACAAGUCAGAUUUGGGAAAGCUGAAACUUGACAAAAAGAAAAGAACAAUUCAAUUAUUUAAGGAAACUGGUAUUUUGAAUGCAACACCUGAAGAGGUAUUGACAGCUCUCAUCGAUUCACGAUAUUAUUCAAUGGUGGAGAAUCAAAUAAUUUCCACUGAUUUUUUGGAAUUUAUUGAAGAUGACGAGGAAGAGGAUGGAUUGGGAGUAUCCUAUUCGAGAAGUGUUGUGAAAAUGCCUUGGCCAUUGAGUAACAGAGAAUUCAUUCUCGGCUCCUCUGUCAGGAGAGAAAUUGGCAUUGACUCAACGGAGAGUGAUUUUUUGAUAUUGAGGAGAGGUAUUGAAAACAGCAAAGUGCCAAUCACUAAAGGUUGUGUUCGAGGAAGAUAUAUUGGAGGUAUUUUAAUUGAGAAAUUGAGUGAUAUUCACACAAGAUAUACAGCAAUGGCAUUUAUUGAUUUGGGAGGAAUUGUUCCUCUCUCAUUGUGGAACAAGCUCACAUCCAUGAGAGGAAAUCAAAGCUUUUUGGGAUUGAAAAAAGCAAUUGAAAUGUCAAGAGAAGCUGCCAAGAAGAGGGUAGUCAACCUCAUCAAUAUGACAACUGAAAGCUUUGUGGUUCCAACAAAUACCAACAGAAUUGCAGACACUAUCAAGCUCUACGAUAGAAGAAUGAGCAGAGCAGCCAGUCCAGAAAGAAGAACUAUUUCAAAUUUAUAUUUUGAUGCAGACGAAAUAAAUUUCAUGUAA